AAUGCCACCUUGUGGAGAUAAAUUUGGUGUUCGAAUUGUGGAUAUUAUGGAUAAUAUGUAUUUGCAUUCAAAUCCCGAAAAUAAGUGCCUAUUUAAAGUAUACUGCCCAAAUGGUUGUUUCUUUUCAGUCCCAUGCUUUGAGCAGAACACUGUUCUUGAUGUUAUUAAUUUGGUUCUGCCGAAAAUAGCUGCUGGAACAAGAUUAUUUCGUGGCUGUUAUACUCUUAGACUUCGGCGAAUUAAUGUUGCUGAGAUUUUUUGGUUGCCACACGACUUAACUGUACUUGAAAUUCAGCAGCGGUAUGAACUUCGUCUCCGAUACCUUCCUAAUUGCUAUAAAGAAUUACUUGUCAAGGAUCCUGUCACAUUUUACUUCUUUUAUGAUCAGGUUAGAGAUGAUUACAUGAGGUUGGCAGCUGAGCAAAUUGAUAGGGACAUUGCUGUUCACCUGGGAUGUUUGGAAAUCAGGCGAUUUUUUAAAGAUUUGCAUGAUUCAGCUUUGGAAAAAAAAUCAAAUAUCGAAUACUUGGAAAAAGAUAUUGGACUAAAUAGGUUUUUCCCCAGAACAGUUUUGGAAAGUACAAAACCGAAAGAAAUGAGAAAAAUGCUACAAAAAUUUUUCAAACAAAAUCAUUGUUUAUCAGAAGAGCAAUGUGUUUUUCGAUUUUUUGACCUUCUGCGAAGGGUGUGGAAGUUUGAUGAAGAAAAAUUCGAUUGUAGUUUUGGUAGCCCUUUGUAUAUAUCUCUUACUUUAUUGAUUGGGCCUUCUAUUGGAAUAAGUUAUAUGACUGAGAAAGCAGAUAAACCCAAGAAGAUAGGAAGCUUCAAGAAUGUUCAGAAAAUUCGCACUUUGGAAGAGGAAAAUCGGGGGUGUUUAGUAAUUCAGGUUGCUGGAACAAAUGAGCCUGUAAAUGUUAUCUGUAAUUCUCUCCAUGAGGCCGAAAAUAUUGCUUCUCUUAUCGAUGGCUAUUGCCAAUUAUGGGCAGGCCAAACAGUUUGGUGUAGAAAUGGUGAAAGUCUUCCGAUUACUCCAAGAGAGAGUAUGUACAAUCGUUCCUCCGGCUCAACAGAUCAAAGUAGCAACUCAACAAGUCCUCAACAUAUGUCUAGUCAUAUAUCCGAUUAUGCAGAAAUAACUGAAGAAGAUGGAGAUUAUUCUAUGCCUUGUAACAAAGAUUACGAAAUUGAUCGAAACAAAAUUAAAUUGGGAGAUAUUUUGGGUGAAGGUCAGUUUGCGGAUGUUUACAAGGGUACUUUUUCUGACUCGCCUGACAGAAAUCUCCCUGUAGCUGUCAAAACUUGCAAGUUGGAUACCACUGGUGAAAAAUCAGAGAAAUUUUUGGAGGAAGCUUUCAUUAUGCAGCAAUUCGACCAUCAGCAUAUUAUAAAAUUGAUAGGUAUAUGUUCUCAACAACCUCCUUGUAUGAUUAUAAUGGAGCUAGCAAAACAUGGAGAACUUCGUCUCUUUCUUCAAGCUAAUAAAGGAAAGCUAUUUCCGGAUCGUUUAGUGCUCUAUUGUUACCAAUUGAGUACCGCAUUAUCUUACUUGGAGAGUAAAAAAUUCGUCCAUCGAGAUAUUGCAGCAAGAAAUGUAUUAAUGUCAAGCGAGGACUGUGUCAAAUUAGCCGAUUUUGGAUUAAGUCGCUGGGUUCAAGACCAUGACUACUACAAGGCUUCAAAGGGAAAGCUGCCAAUUAAAUGGAUGGCACCGGAGUCAAUUAAUUUCCGUCGAUUUACUUGUGCUUCCGAUGUGUGGAUGUUCGGUGUUUGUAUGUGGGAAAUUUUGAUGUUUGGUGUGAAACCUCUGCAAGGCAUUAAAAACAAUGACGUAAUUAGAAAAAUCGAGGCCGGAGAAAGACUAUUAAAACCUGAAAAUUGUUCAGGUUCGCUAUACGAACUUAUGUGCAGCUGUUGGACUUAUGAACCUUCAGGACGUCCACACUUCAGUUUCAUUAAGAAAAGGCUUUUAGAGAUACUCUGUGAUGAAAAAGUUCGACAAGAGGAAUUAGCAAGAGGUUCCAGACAAGAGCUAGGAAGAUCUUGGAGUUCGAACGGCUCUUCAGAGUAUGAAAUUAAUACACCAAGUCGAAUUGAUAGGCCAACAAGUGUCAUUUCAAGCACGCCCAACUUGAAUAAUCCUAACGUUCGCAGGAAUCAAAUUUAUUCACAACCGAAAAAACUAAAUCAUCUCUCACCUGAUCCAACUCAAAUGCCCAACUUACAACAAUCAUUUGGCUGCGUUCCUGGCGAAGAGAGAGAAUCUACAUUUUUUUCAAAUGGAAGUCCAAAGAGAAAUGCAGUCGAUGAAUCGUCUACUGAAGAAGCAGAGUUGGUUAAAAAGCUUGAAAAACAAAAGCUGAAAAGUAAAAUGGAUGCGGAAUGGCUAAACUCGGCUGAAAGCAAUCUGGUGUUUAAAACUGCAGACAAGUCAAGUCAUCAUGUUAAUCAAAACAUGAGUCAUAAUGAUAGUGGCAACAUUUGUCUGAGUCCUAUAUUUCAGCCAUCUGGAAGCUUUCGAGAUUCAAAUAUAAACAGUUGGACUGAAAGUACAUCAGAUCAUUCAAAUUCCGACAAUGAGUCCAUGGCUACAGCUCGAAUGAUCGUAGUGGAUAACACAGAGGAUCCAGUCUCUGUAGCUACUACGGCUGUUGUUCGUUCUGUAGUUGAUUUAUGCAAAAAAAUUGACCAAGUUCCUGCAGAACAAUACAAAGAACUUGUCGCAAAUGUUGGCCAUCGUCUAAAAGAUUUAAUGAAGGGAGCUGAAGAUUCAAUGAGAGAUUUACCUAUGUAUACUCAUGAGAAAAUUGUUCUUGCGCAACAAUCGCUCAAUUCUGAUAUGGCACAGCUAAUUCAAGCUUUAAGACUAGCACAAGAAAAUCACCUGACAGCAAUCGAUGAUCAAUAUAGAAAACGGAUGCUCAAAGCUGCUCGGUGUCUUGCCUUCGAUUCGAAAAAUCUCUUGGAGGCAGUUCAAAAAGCUCGCUUAAAUUAG